CGGCGCCGGCAGGACUACAUGUCCCACCGUUCUCUGUGAAGAGCGCCUGGUUUCAAUCCUGGAGCAGCGAGCGACGGCUCUUGGCAGCGAUCGGUUCUGUCGCUCUGAGUGGGAGCCUGGCGCCAGUGCCAGUGGACCUGCAAACAUGGGCCACGUUCACACCAAAACUGUGAAGAAGGCAGCUGGGGUCAUCAUCGAGAAGUACUACACCGUCUGGGCAACAACUUUCACACGAACAAACGAGUGCAAGGAGAUCACCAUCAUUCCCAGCAAGGAGCUAGGCAACAAGAUAGCGGGCUGGGUCACAUACCUGAUGAAAUGGAUCCAGAGGGGCCCAGUGACAGGCAUCUCCAUCAAGCUGCAGGAAGAGGAGAGAGAGAGGAGAGACAACUAUGUCCCUGAGGUCUCGGCCAUAGAUCAGGAGAUCAUUGAAGUAGAUCCUGACACUAAGGAAAUGCUGAAGCUUUUGGACUUUGGCAGUCUGUCCAACCUCCAGGUCACUCAGCCUACAGUUGGGAUGAAUUUCAAAACACCACAUGGAACUGUUUGAAUCUAUCUUCUGUAUGCUGUAAUAUUUUAAUAAAUCUGGGACAACAA